CCUCCUGAAACUACGCCCACCCCACACGAACUCUCACAGGAUGCUGCGGCCACGCCCCCUCUGCUCGCUGAUUGGCUGUCCGCCGGCCGGGGCCCCGCCUUCCUCCGUUCCAAUGCGGUGAGCGGUGAGGUUGGCCGCAGAGCGGUAGAGUUGUAUGGCGGCUCCGAAGCUGAUGCGUCGCUGCGGGAUCUGGGUAGAGCGGUGACCGGCGGGCAGUUGUUUUUACAAGAGUCAAUGAGCAUCAGCAAAAUGGAUUGGAGUAGAAGAAACCCAAACGGGGCUGUUACCCAUCCCAACAACCAGCAGUAUUUACCGCAGUCUACCUCAUCCACCGUUCAAACAAUGCAGAGCCACAAGGCAUUAGUGCCACCAAACUCUUACAGUACUGCCCAAACAUUUUCUACUAACAGUGCCAGUCAUAAUCUUAUACUAAAAAGUCUACUGGGUGCAAAAUCAAUUGAUGAGAUUGCAAAUAUCCAAUUGUCUGCUUUAUCGAAGGCAGCACCACAACAGCCCUUGCAGAUUUCAUCAGGGCAGUAUAAUUCCUCAUUCAGUUCGCAGCAAAAGACGACCACUGCCACAAACCAGCAGAGUAGUUGUAACGUUCAGAACCCUGUUGUAGCAAAUUAUCAAAUGCAGAUUUAUCCAAGCUCUGUUUUACAAAACUUUCAACAGGCUCAACUGGGUCAACAGCUUCAGCAAAUGCCCAUUGUCCAGCAGCAGACUCAGCCAUUACAUAUUCUGCAGCAGGUUCAGGCUCUGCCCAUUAUCCAGCAACAGACUCAGCCCAUGCAGCAGGCUCGGCCUAUGCCCAUUGCACAGCAGCAGACGCAGCCCAUGCCCAUUGUACAGCAGCAGAUGCAGCAGCCUCAGUCUAUGUGCAUUGUACAGCAGCAGCAGUCUAUGCCCAGUGUACAGCAGCAGGCACAACCAGUCCAGUGCUAUGGUGUCAUCAGAUACAAUACCAGGGAAGUUCAGCAAGCACCGCAAACCACACAAAGUGGCGGAUAUUCGCACAAUAAUGCAUAUAAAGAGAUGCUGAAAACUUAUGGGGGUCAAAGGUACAGUAAAAAUGUACAAACAAGUUACCAGUCAAUGCCACAAACAAAUGAUAAACUUAUUUAUUCUUCCCCAAAUGGAAACGCCGUUCAGUACGUUGCAACCUACAAAGCAGGUAAUGACAUAAAUGUUCCUGUUUCAACCUCAAAUUAUCAAAAUGGACAAAAUGUUCCUGUUUCAACCUCAAAUUAUCAAAAUGGACAAAAUGUUCCUGUUUCAACCUCAAAUUAUCAAAAUGGACAAAAUGUUCCUGUUUCAACCUCAAAUUAUCGAAAUGGACAAAAUGUUCCUGUUUCAACCUCAAAUUAUCAAAAUGCACAAAAUAUUUCUGUUUCAACAUCAAAUUUUCAUAAUGGACAACAUAUUCAGACGCAGAUGGGGUCCAACUUUCACAAAAAUACACUACAGCCACAGCCAGACAUGAAUGACUGCGUUCAAAGUCCUCAAAGACAGAUGAUGCAAAGUUUACAUAGUGGAUUUGCUAACAAUUCUUCAAACGUUUUGCCUUCAGCUACUGUUGGACAAAUGCCACCAUUGUACUCUCAAACCAAUACAAAUGCAUCUAACGUUUACAAUGUUUCCAUAAACCAGAGACUUUCUCAUCCAAACCAAAACAUUGGUGCACAAAAUGUUCAACAGCCGGUACAGUCCCACACAGCUCCACAGGAGCAGCAUUCUGUGUCUGCGCCGUCCCCAGCCAAUGUUGGAAAUGUACCACAGGACCCAAGAUCUAAUGUGCAAAACAUCCUUGCGCUGUUAAAAGUGUAUCGAAAUGUCAAAUUGAAAUAUUUAAUGCUCAAUCGUGAGAAUAACCUUUUGAGACAGCAAAUGCAAAGCUCCUCCCAGGAUAAUUCAGGUGCUGUUAAACCCCCACUGAUUUCUAUCCUCUCAGACAUUACAGUUCCUUCAAAUAACCCUAUAGGUGGCAAGGAAGUUUCACUAAAUUCUACUGUGCAAAGCAGUCCUCCGUCAAAUAAUAGAGUACAGUCUCCCACCUUGUAUAAUGAUCCUUUAAAUGUACCUGUCCACAACGUUUCACAAUCGAGCAAUUCCUUUUCCAGUCACGGAUACUCAACUAACACUGACCUACUAAAUCAGAGGAAUUACUCUGUUCAGAUGAAUCUUGGAAGUAAUGCAAAUUCUACUGGCCAAGCCGUAGGUUCUGGGACCUUAAGAGACUCAAUGGGAUCUAUACAGGCAAAUAACCAAUACCUUACACAAGAUGGAGUACAUGUUACUUCUAGCCAGAGCCAUGCCCAGACAGCUCCAGCAUCUGAAAGUUGUAAAUCUGUUCAUACAACAAACACUAGCAAUCUUUAUUCCAACAAACCGUUAACAUUUAGUUCAAGAGAAGCCAUCAAAGCUUCGUUGCCUCUUUGGAAAUCUGUUACUCAGUGCUCUUCUCAACGUGAAUAUUUGGACCCAAAGCAGCCCAUAGUUGAUAGCCUUAAAACUAUUACAAUUUUAGAAGAAAGUGCCUCACAUACCACAAAUGAGCCUUCAUCAGUCUCCUUGACACAGAAAUCAGAGCAUUCUGGCCCCAAUGUAUCAAAGGGUAUUGAACCUCAGAUUGCUAUAGUCUCCCCAUUGGUACAGAUAAAGGGUUUGGCAAAUGAGAUAAGACAGCCUUCGAAAGUUGUUCAGCACAGUGAAGACUUAGCAAACAGUGGCAUCAGUGGAUUAAAAGAAAAUGACCAUUUUAAUAAAAUGAAUUUAUCAUUUAAGUCUGAAGAUGCCCAACUCAGAAGCAGUAUGGUUUUUUCAUCACCAUGUACCAUUGAGGGGUCAUCUAAUUGUAAUGUGGACCAAACCUCUGCUAAGAAUAUUGAAACUGUCGAUGAUGACUUUCAAAUCUCUGGGGUAUGUACUCUAGUAGAAGGCAACUCCUCCUAUGAUUCCUCCAUAGCAAUGAUGUUUGAAGGUUCUUUGCAACCUCAAGCUGGUUCACCAGUGACACAAACUGAUCUGAGUGAUGAGCAUGCUCUGCAGUGUUCUCAGGGGGAUGUCAAUAUGUGUGAUGCCUCGCAGGCAACAAGUAGUUUCUCGCCUACCACAGAAGUGAUGGCUGUAAAAUCAGAACCUGAAGAAGAAAUUGAAUCUUGUGUUAACAUGGAAGAUCAACAGGAAGCAAAUGUUUGCCUUCAAACACAACCGGACAAUAACUUGCCUGCUUCUGAUGUGUUUGAUUUAGAAGCCAACACUGUGUCUGACCAGCUGUCUGAGCUUCUAACAGAGUUUCCCUUUGGAAUAAAAAAUUACAUGUCUGAAGAUAAGGAUACUGAAGUAUCUUUAGAGAAGUUCACAGUAAAAACGGAAAUUCCCAAAAAAUCAGUGCCCUUUUCAUGUGACGAUGAGAGUGAGUCCAUCGAGGACAUGCAGGUAGAGCAUACCAUGGACACAUUGACCAAAGAAACGGAGUCUACAUGGACAGAGGAUACCAACCAACAGUGUGUGGUUGAGAGGGUUCCGUCGCCUGAAGUGCCUACAGAUGAAGCAAAUUCUACACAAUUAGAGGAUGAUUGUUUUGAAAUCUGUGAGAGUCCAGAUGAGAAGAUACAUAUUACUUUACUGGAUCAGGAUCAAAUGAACAAGCUUUUUCCAGAUGAGUCUACUGAACCUAUAGUAAACAGUGAAGAAUCUCUGGUUGAGAGUUUUGCAAAAGAUUCCGAAGGACCUGUAGGGAAUGAUGCAGUAAAUGCCAUAAAAGAGUCUGAAAAGUCUGGCAAUGAGACUAUAUCAGUACCAGAUAAGGAACUGUUCUGUUGUUUGUUCAGUUGGAUAGCCUACACAAAUGGAAAUGCACCAAAAUGCAAUUGUAAGUUGACAGACUUGAGUGUGACAAAGGAUUUGACCCCCAGCUUUUCACUACCUGCUGCAAUGAUUAAGACUGAACCCUCAGCAAGUGAUUAUGAACCUUUAGCAGAAAAUCUUAAAUCCACAACAGAUGGUCUCAACCCUUCUUUGUCAGACCCUUGUGAAACCAAACUGGAUAAAAUAGAAAAUGCUGAAAUCCUGCCACCUGUUCUUAAACGUCCAAAGCUUGAACCAAUAGAGUGGGCUUUAGAAAGUAAACCUGAUCGACUUAUUGGGAAUUGCAGUCCACGAGAAGGAAUCCAGGCAAUAGAGGAUUUAGCAGAAAAACAUCAUGAGGAUCAGUCUCAGAAAGAUCAGAGGACCAAUUACACCUUGACAAAAGAAAAAGUACUUCAGCCAAAAAGUCCAUUGGUAGAUCCCGACAGUAUAAAAAGCAAAGACCCUUUCUUGCGUUCUGAGUCAAAAGAUGAUGGUCCCCCAAAGUUGGAGAAACUUAUUAUCAAAACUGACUUUCUGAAAAACAAGCAUUCGUUGAAAGAGAAGAAGAAGAAAAAACAUAAAGAACGUAAGAGGUCACGUGUUGAAGAGGGUGGUUCUAGAAAUGGCCGAAAAACUUAUGAAAACACAGAAAUGGUUGGAUCGGCAAAUAUCAAUAACAUUGACCGAAGAGUUAAAGUCAGUAAUGAGAGAAUUAUUCCACCUGCUGGUACAGUUCAGCAGCCUGAGAGGGGUAUAGACAAGCUAAAGUUAUCCAGUAGCUCAGACAGGUCACAUUCUCAUAACCAGGCUCCUUCUCUAGAUAAGCGCAGAGGAAGACGAAAAAGCCUGCCUGAGAGCCAUUUUGAAAAGGUAAAGAAUGUUCCGACUGUACAAGAAUACCUGGAGAGAAAAAGAGAACUCUGUAACAGAAGACCAGGGCCUAAGGUGGACCAAAUAGAUGACCCUUCUGAAAUAAGACACAGGGUUGGUGAGAAACCGGUUAUGGAAAAUCUUCUACUUAAACUACUGACCAAUCCAUCCAAAAGAGGCCGGGAAAAGACUCUUGAAUCUCUGCCAAAUAAAAACAGUAGUCAUGAUAAAGGAUCAUUGGCAAAUAAAGGCUUCGAUCAGAAAAGCACUUCCUAUAAAGAUAAAAUUUACUUGUCCCCUUGUGAUGUAUCCAGACAAGCUCCAUACGAAGGCAUAAAUUUAACCAAACUACAGAUUAGACGCUCUCCUGAAAAGCCUAGACAUGACGAAAGGAGAGAGUCCUUUGAGAGUUCUGUGCAAAACAAGGAGCCCCCCAAAAUGCUGGAGUUCAAAUUAUGUCCGGAAUUUGAUCACAGAAGUCCAACCACCCAAGAAAGAAAAGAGCCGAAGGCUGUUAAAGAAAAAAGUGUAGUAGAAGGUAUUAAAAGCAAAAAAGAAGCAUGGUGCAGUGGUGGUCUGGGUAGAAAGAGUUGGAUCGAUAGCAGCUCAGAAGAUCAAGGUCGUCACAGUCCAUCUCAAUCAACAUCUUCCUUCAAGGCGUCAUCCGUGAAAAGUUCUUCUCCGAGGCCGGUGCAGGACUCUAAAGCAACAUUCAAUGCUUUUAAACAGAGGUUUUAUGAGCAGAGAAGUAAAAGUCUUGAUAACAGCCUAUGAAGCCUAGUCUAUGCUUCUCCGGACAUCAGUUCGUGAAAAAUCAUUGGACAAAACCCAAGAAUUGUAGACUGCAAAAGGAUUGCCAUGGUCUAUCCAGUAUUAUAUUUUGGUGAACGCUAAAGAAAUUUUCCGAAUGUGCCUUACUUCUUUCUUUGUUUCCCCCUCCCUCAAUUUUGUCCUAUUGUACAACAUACACAGGCUGCACACCAGUUCUUCUGAGCAUUGACCAGUGGUGCUGAUUUUGUUGCUGCUAUUAUUGUAAAGAUUGUAAAGAUUUUUUUUUUGGUUUGUAUGUGUAUAUAGAUAUAUAUAUUAUAUACACACACAGUGGAACAAGAUUUUCUACUAGUGCGACAUUAUGGUUGUUUUUGUGUGUUUUUGUCUUGUUUUGGGGGGGAUUUUGUACAGUUCUUUGCACCUUUGCACUAUGGGUUUUGUUACAUGUCCCAAGGACAGAUUUUGUAGUCUAUUUUUGUUCCUAUUUCAGUGCUUUUUGAUUAAAUAUUAUUUUUAAGUACUUUGUUUCUUAUUUUUACUUUCAUGUGUUAUUGAAAUGUAUAAUAUGAAUAAUUCCAUGACAAGCAAUACACACAAAACAUAGAAAAAAAUUAAACUUGUUCCAAAACACCAAAAACAUACCCUGCAAAACCUUGACCAUUUUCUGUAAAACUCAUGCGGAUUGGCUACACUACUCUACUGCUAAAUGUGAACCCAGACUUGGCACUGCACAACGCUGUUGAAACAUCUGGUUUAUGAAGUAUUUUGUCCAUUGAAUAAUUUGUUGCAUUUAUCUUUAGAACUUUGCCUUGUUUUUCCUCUCUUUAUACCUUGGAAAAAUUCAUCCCUACAUUGACAACUAGGUGUUAGUUUCCCUAGUCUAUAGAAUGUGUUCAUGGAUAUUGUCAACCAUGAUUGGUCAGUGGCAGUGUGUAUUCAUCAAUUUAUUUAGUGGAGUACCUGACAUUACCUACUGUACAUGCCACCCAGCUUACCCAGUCUCCUGAAGGCCCAACAGUGAUAGGCUGCUUGUCCUCCCAGCUUUCCUUACUGCAGCAGCGUGGCCAUGUCCUCUCUCUGUCCAAUAUCUUCUCUCCCCUUCACUCUUCUCUUGGCCCACAAUAAAUUGUCUCUCCCUUGUACCCUCUCCCUGCCCCUGCACUAACUAUUCUCUGCACCUGCCAGCCGGACAGUUGAAUCAUACUUUACCAUGACGUUCGUCCGGCUGCAGGAUGUUUAAAAUUCUCGGACAAUCUCCACAUCCUGAGAGUAACACGAUCAGGAGAUCUAAAGAAAUUCCAUAGAAUUUAAUUGGACUUCUAGUACAUCUCCUGAUAGCUUUACUCUCAGGCUGUGCAGAUUGCCCUGUACGAGGACAUCCCCAGACAACUACUACUGCUACUAUAUCUUUAUUUGACAUAAGUAUUUUUAAUUGAAGCAUCUCCAGGUAUUUGUUUGGACCAAUAGAAGUGACUAGAGGUGAGUGGAAUAAGCAUGUUGGGGUCCCAUCCGAAAUGAGGCCACCUACGCGUGGUGGAUGGGGGACAUGUUUUGAUCAAAAAGUGCGCUGAGAGCCUCAAUU